CAGCGUCUUGUUCCUAUAGCGACAGAAGAGGACGCUGUUUGUCAGGCAUAAAGUGCAAACCCUUUUUACAUAAAAACUGUGUUCUUUCGGGACGCUCGUUUGGAUACAGCCUCAUAAUAAUUUUCUUUGAAGAUUGCCACCUGGAGUACAAUGACAGCCAGAAAAGAGAGGAACAAAGGUCUCAAGUUUCUUUUUACCCCUGAAUGCAUCAGAGGCUGGGGCUCUCUGCACGCAGCUCACUGCUGGAGAUGCAGCAGCUUUCAUGUUUCCUCUAUCUCUCUGGACACUGAAGACUUUCUGAGGUUCUCACCAGCGGAUCGGGACGAUUACACUCCCAGGGAAAGCACUGUGGACUGGUUUUGAGGCACUUAUACCAUAAUGACCGCAAGGACCCAAAGACCUGCAGGCAAGGAGGAACACAUAAUGAACAAACCGACAGAGGUGCUGCUGAGGGUCCGGAGAGCUCUGUGGCUGGUACUGAGCAUGCUCAGUCUGUCUCUGCUGCUGGUGGUGCUUGGAGCCUACACCACGACGCGCACAGAGAGCCUGAAUGUGACUGGCUACAUGUCAGGAGUUUUUCUGACUCUUGGUUCAUUCCUGGGACUUUUAGGACUCCUCCUAGAAGAGAACGGCAAGCAAUUGCUGACGGCUGCCAUUGUGUUCCUCAGCUUCGGGAUCAUCACCUCCUUUCUGUGCCUGAUGAUUGAUGGAGUCGGUAUCCUCUUAAACAUGGACAUGCGUCCCCUGAAAGCAGGGAGGUGUCAGUUUUACAGCAGCGGCAGCAGCUUCGUCUAUGAGAACUUCUACACUACGGUGCCAUGUUGGAAUCUGAAGGAGUCCUGUAACCUGACCGUACGAAGCGGGACCUGUUACUGCUGUGACCUUUACAACUGCGCCAAUGGAGACUAUAUGAACAACUACUUUGAGUUUGUUGGAGUGCAAAGCUGUGAGGAAGUUUUCACCCUGUAUAUUUUAAUCUGGACCCUCACCGGCGUGAACCUGGUGGCCCUUUUCACCGGGAUACUGACCGCUGCCGUACUGGGAAACAUCAAGUACUUGAGGAUGUCAGAGUUUUUCCCUCCUGGAGAACAAGCUGCUCCUACUCAGAGUUUUGCUCCAAGAGUGCUCUCAGAGUCCAACCCGCCUCCCUUCAACCCGCUGACCACCCUGCUGUCUCAAAGAGUCCACGGCCUCUCUGCAUGAACCGUAGCAUCACUCCGAAAACACAUCCAGAGGAUGGAGGAAAAGAGGCGUCUGCAGAUUUUAUUCAAGAACUGAGCUUUAUGAAAUCUAAUACAGAGUUGUUACAAUGUACAGGUUCAAAAAUAUUUACUUUUGGAGGUGAUAAUGGAUGGUAAUGAGUAUCAUUCCGCCAAGGUGGACUUUUUGGUCAAGAUGUUACUUUUAUGCCCGAUGCAAUUAAAGAAAAUGCUGUGCUGUCUCAGCAAAAUUUAUAUUGAAAGUAUUUUUAAUAUGACAAAUUUUUUUCUUGGGAUUUUAACAAUCUGUUGUUGACACACUCUGCCUUGAAAAAGUACUUAUGUCACUUGACCUUCGUCACAUUUUGUCAUGCUAUAACCUCAAACAACAGAAAAAUAGGGCUUCUGAAAAGUGUGGUGUACAUUUGUAUUCAGACUUCCUGAGUUAAUACUUUGUAAAGUAACUUUUUGCCACAAUUGAAGUUGUAAGGGGUUUGUCUCUGCCAGCGUUAAUUUACAACAUUUUGUAAAUUAAGUAAAUUCAAUAAGCACUUUUUUAUUGCCACUCUUCUAUAUAAGCUACAGCUCCUCCACAGUAACCAUGGAUCUGACGGCUGCUUCUCUGAUUUACUCUCUUCUUGCAUGUAAGCUUUAGACAGAUAUCCAUGCAUUCUUAAGUUUGCAGUUUUGUCAUAUUAUUUCAAUAUUCAGAUAUUGUCUUGGACUGUGCUCAACAAUGUUCAAAGUUUGGGAAAUCACUCUGUAAACUAACCCUGCUUUAACCUUUCUGAUGUUUUCCUUGGAGACAAAAUGUGGAAAGUAUCAGAGUCUAUGAGUCGAGCCUUAGUCCAAAUGCACCAUCAACUGAAGUCAAGAAAUAAACAGUGUCUUCUACAAUUUCUAGAAGAAAUUGACAGAUAAUCAUGUUUUAACAGUUACGCUUCAUAAAUGAAUAUAACAAAAGUCUGACUCAAGGUGUUUUAACACAUGUAUGAGCUGUAACUUCGGUCUCUGUAAAGUAGAAAAGUAAAAGAUUUGUGUGAAACCAAACAGAAGUUUUCAUACAACA